GUAACCCUAUUUUAUAACUUGUGUUUGUUUCUGCUUAUAAUGCAAGCCAUGGGUGGCGAUCCUUUCUACUGCCCCCAAGUUUUUGUUCUAAAUUUCUGCAGCAAGGAAAAUAUACAAAAACAGUGUCAAUAAAAAUUCCUACUGGAAUAUACAAAUAAGUCAGUAUUUCAAGUCGCUUAGUGUGAUGUCAGAUAAUCACAUGUCAUGCGACACUACAGCGCAGAAUGUCGUGGUGUCUAUGGCAACGCUGAAGCCUAGCAAGUUAACAGCGGACAAGGAUCUCUUUCAGCAGCAGCAAGUGUACAGUAACAGAGAUGCCAAGACUGAGCCUUGUAGCACCCUUCAUUCCAGAGGAUAGCUUCUAGAAGAAUGUAAUGGAGAAACAACCCUCUGGGACAAGCCAAAAAAUAGGAGAAAGUCUGUGAAAUUGCUGGGUAUACUUUAUAAGUUCAGAGAAAUGUACUUGCCUGCACUGAACAUCUCAAGCUACUUUUGUUGUAUGCAUGCAUUUUACAUCUGCUGAUCAUGGCACACCUUCUUGGAAAUCAAGAUUGUAUGGAUAGCUUAAGGAAGGACAUCACUGAUUUACAGGCUGCAAUUAUUGAUGCCUUUUCCCGUGUUGGAGCAGUGAGGUAUCCCUCUUGGAAGUUUCCUGACAAAAUCUCAUGUGAUUUGGAUCUAGUCAUGCUGCUAGAACAGUAUGACUUUGUAGAGGAGGAUCCUGAGUUCACACAACACUCUCACAUCGUAUUGUUUGAAAUUGUGAUUGACAGGUAA